CCCUCGGAGUCGCCGCAGCAGACGACUGUCGUCUGCUCGCGGCGCGCGCGGUGUGCGCCGGCUUUCUCCUUCGCGUCGUCGCGGCAGCUGAAACGCAUCAAUGGGGUGAAGUGAGACGGUGCGCGCGCGCGCUUGGGGCCGCAGGUCAAAGUGUUGUUCGUCGCACGCUGCCUCCUGCACGCCACCUAACUCUACUGCGGCCACCAUGACGCACUGGCAAGCGCCACCCGUCCUUUACACGAGCGUCGAAGCAUGCGUAGCAUUCCUGGCGACCGUCGGCAACCUGGCGGUUCUCGUCUGCUUCGCGCGGGAGCGUCGUCUGCGGCGCCGGCUGACCAACUACUACAUCCUAAGCCUGGCAGUCGCCGACCUCCUAGUGGGCGUCCUGGCCAUACCGUUCGCGGUGCUCACGCGAGCCGGGAUACCGCACGACUCUCCGAUGGGCUGCGUCGCGAUGCUGUCCUUCAUCGUGGUCCUGUGUACGGUGUCGAUCCUGCAUCUGGUGGCCGUGUCCGUGGACCGUUACUGGGCCAUACUGUACCCGCUGGCCUAUCAGAGACUCGCGUCGGAGACUGUCGUUCUGGGAGUCGUGAUCGCCUGCUGGCUCAGCGGGUUCGUGCUGGGGUUCCUGCCCCUGCUCGGAUGGCACGACUCCGAGGCCGCCUCGAGCGGCGACUGCCUCUUCUUGCCCGUGAUGAAGUACAGCUUCCUGGUGUUUCUCUACUUCGCCACUAUCGUGUACCCGGCGCUGCUCAUCGCUUUCUUCUACAUCCGCAUCUACAGCGUUGUCCGCAAGCAGCUUCGGCAGAUUACCGUGUUCGCGGAGAACGUACGAACCGAGCACGACGGCACCCCGUCGCGAGGAGCCGUGAACAACAGCCGUUCCGACGAAGCCCUCUGCACGGCACCGCUCAAGGAGACGCCAAACCUGAGCGAAGUGGACCGGUGUCGGCGUCUCAGCGCCGACUUUUACAAGCGGCACUCCAGCCUUUCGCCGACCAGCCCAAAGUCCAACGGCAUCGUUUACACCGACGAGAACGACCACGAAUCAAUCGUCAAACACAACGGAACGAGCCACAAGAUGAACCAGGAGGCGAAGAAGCGCAACGACCCUGCGCCCGAUGUUGGCGACAACGGAACAGCGCUGAAAAACGGGCACGUCGGGGAGUUCGGUCACUACAAGAAGAAACGACGGAAAAGUAGCGACAGCCACCACCAGGGUCGCCGCAUGCACCUGUGCAACAGCGACCACCGUGACAGCGACUGUUCCCACUGCUUCCCGCUGCACCUCCACCACCACAGUCAGCAGCACAAGCGCGAGGUUCGCACGGCCAAGGCCCUGCUUUCCAUCGUGCUCUUCUUCAUGAUCUGCUGGUUCCCGCUGUACACGCUCAACUGCGUCAAGGCGUUCUGCGCCGGAUGCGACACGCCGCAUUGGGUCUUCGACGUGCUCAUCAUUCUGUCACACGCAAACUCGGCGCUCAACCCGUUCCUGUACGCUUACCGUAUGAGUGACUUCCGCAACGCCUUCAAGCGGCUCCUGAAAUGCAAGGCGCCGGCGCCGCUGGCCGAGGUCUUGCUGUUCUACCGCAACGGCGCCGGGACACCGCCCGUGCAUAGGGCUUCUGGAGGAGGACUCUGCCAGGCACUCACCGUCGGAGAAGCUUCGACGCCAGUGCUGUAGAUACGCACGGACUUCGUAAGCGUGAUUCGUCGAAGGAAGGUGCUUGUGAUCCGAAUUCACCAGCGAUGAAUGUUCACGUCUUCUUCUAGCGUUCACAAGAGACGCUGGUUUGCUGGAAAUGUGCUCACGCACCCCAGUGGCAACAGAAGAGACACUCAGACAAAGCUAUUGCCAACCUCGAUCGCCAGGGGAAACCCACCUGCUGCCCCUUCCCAUCCAUGACGACCAUCGCCAGAUUCAGGCACCUUGUUCUCGAUCGGUCACUUUCACAGAUAUCACUUUCAAGUACAAGUUGAUUGGAAGCGGAAGCGGAUGUGACGAAAGGAAACGGCACACCUCUCAUCAGAGUUGUUUGCACAACUCGGACAUUUCUGCGCAUUCAGAAACACAAGAGUGAGGGUCCGCGCUUGAAGGUAUGUCACGAAAAACAGGGAAAAUAAUAUCGACCGAUUGAGAAUGCGGUUUCCCUGCAUGACAAUGUGUCUCCAGACCGGCACGGUAACUCGGGUAGCCAGGGUAGCAGUCCUGAUUCGUCGCCUGCUUUCUGCGUCACCCAUCGAGAGGGGUGAACAAGAAGCCGGUCUUUGUGCCACAGAAACUUGACAGAGAUCUUCAAGACUCAGCAGCUGCGCGGGUACCAGAAACGGUCAGUCUGCACUCGUGUUGCGCAGUCAGUGCGCUACUUCCGGGAACGCUGUGCUACUUCCGGGAACGCUGCGCUACUUCCCGGAGCGCUGCGCUCAGACUCGAAGGAACGCCGUGGAGUGCAGAUGUCUGCUCUGACUGAGUGUAUAAGGAAACAACUGUUCCUGUUGUGCUUAUUGUACCGUGUUCGAACCAUUGGCAGUAAGAGUUGAUCUGCCGUUCUUUGUGUUAUGCUAUGCGUGUGUUUGUGUGCACCCCCUGUGCAGUGACUCUACUUAAAUCGACGAAUGAACGUUCGUCAGUGCGCUGUAAUAGUAAGCCAGAACGAGACAGAGGUUCAGGGGAAGUUGGAGGCUAAGAGUGAUCAACAUUGGUAGAACAAGGCGUGGUCGCUGAACCUCCAUUCCGACAAUGGGAAAAAAUAAAUUAUGAGGUUUUACGUGCCGAGCGACAACGGGACUUGUCGCUUGUCGGAAAAUUGGCUUCCGUGACAUUCCUUGUUCUACCACUGCUAAUCAAUGUAAAAGCGCAAGCGACACGCUCCGUAAGUCCUUGCCAAAAGUUCUGAAGUCACUGAGUGCGUUACCGGACAUGUCGUCAAACCUAGUUGUGGGGUCCUCGUAGAUACUUCGUCGCUUCAAAGCCCCAGAGAUUGUACUGUACAGUCCUUCUUAAUGGCUGUCCUAAAGUUUGGCACACCUGGCAUGUCACAGGAACUUUGCCAGACCUAGUGAAAAGCCUUGUGCUUCAGUACACAACGGCUUUAUCAACGCUCUUCCCGAGAAAUGUACUUAAAUACGUGUCAAGCAUUUUCAGUGCUCGUGUUUGCGUAAAGGAAUGUCGAAAACCCCCGUUCAGUGACUCCCAUCAGUGACUGUUUACACGGACAAGAACCGCAGGGACGAAGACAUUGUAGCUCUGAUAAAGUGCGUUUAGGGUUUCCCUUAAGAGAGUGGCGAAAUCGAAAUUUUGUGGGAUCAGAGUUGGAGAAUUGAAAGGACACAAAAUAAGACUUUUGUUGCGUUUCUGUAGCAGUAAAAGGUCAGUCUUACCGUGAGAGCAGGCUUGGUAAAGAAAGGCCCAAGAACGAUAAACAAGUGGCGACUCCACCUAGAUGUUUCAACACCAGCUCUCCGGGAUGUAAUUGAUCUUUCAGAGCGUCAGCUCGUGCGUAGCAAUUGUUUAUCAGUAAUGAAGGAUAUCAUUAUAUUUUACACGAACCAAAGAACUAGUCUAGCAUCUUUUUUAUAUUUCCUACUUCAGGAUGGCCUAAACAUGACAGAGCACUUCGAAAUACGUGACGUCUCACUGGCGUACCCUUGACAAGAUUUCGGUGAAGAAAGUGGAGCUUGGUCUUCGUUAUGGCCUGUAACGAUAAACUUUUUCACCCAAGAACAAGCGAAAAUGAAGCCUUGAAAUAAUACUUUACUUGUCUAAAUGAACCUAAUGUUGAUUGUUUAGUGUCCUUUGAAGUUAAACGCUUUAUAGAAGUACUAUGCUAGCUUUUCCGCAAUGUACGAUUGCAAACAUUGUUAAAGUAAUAGUUACUGGGCUGCUGGUGAGGUUUUAAGUGUUACAUUUGAUGGGAAGGAUUGUACGAAAUCAGUUAUUCGGUAAUCUUAGCAAUGCGGAAGGAGUACAAUUAACUGUACGUGGUUAAGGGGAUAAAAUUAACGGUACGGGCGUAAUUAUCACCAAUAUAGUCGAAAACUAACCACACUGCAUCAUAGACUGUGCAAUCUUCGGGAUCUGUCGACAAGGUCGACAUAAUUGCGUUUGAAAUACGAUACGAAUAAGAUUCGAACUGAGCGAACAAUGAACAUGAAAAAAAAGAGAAAGAGGCAGAAUUAAUUGAGAGAUAUAAUCAACAUUUAAUCAUGAAAUCAUUUCAACAACCAUGAGUGUCGACCUUCUCAUCUUUAGCGCCGACACUUGGUUGAUCUUUCUUUUUUUCUUCCUGUAUUGCAUUAUCUAUUAUCUAUUCAAAGAAACGUAUCAGAGGUGGUCCUGAGCUGAAGCUUUUUCUUAAAUUGUUAUCAGCGUUAUCUUUAGCUACCUCAUUCCGCUCUAGCGCGAACGUUUGGCAGCUAGCUGACAAGUGUUGCUAUUGUGGACACAGGAGCGGCAGACGAUCACACCAAAGAAAGGAGUAUCAAAAGCUUCGCCUUUAAGAGUGGAACGCGAUAGCGUUAUUGGACGCCGUUGACGCCGACACCGACACAGUAUUUUCUGCGACAUGGGGCCCGAUCAAAAUUUAGAAAGGCUCGGUUUUCAACAUUCCCCUCAAUGUUGCCUAGAACCAAAGUACAGCGAAACACCAUCAGAAUUGGAGGAUGCUAAAGCUUCGCCUUUAAGAGUGGUCAAAGAUCCCUGGCUGUUUAUCAGGCUUUUUUUUUCUCGUAUAUUCAAAUUACAGUCCGACGCUAUCAUGUCUGUAAGUUGCGGUUAAGUCGUACUUUACGAUUUUUCUGACAGAUUAAAUUGAGAAAUUUGAGAAAUUAAAUUUUUGUUCACUAACGCCUUGCGCCAUGCGAAGGGCCCGCCUGGUCGGGGUGGUUCGGGAUGAUGUGGUUCGGCAUGAUUAUUUCCGCCAGACACUGAUGCUUACGCCGACACCGACGCCAGAUUUUCUGCUACACGGCGCCUUUAACGCUAUCGCGUUAAAACAUGAGAAGGAUAUGCUCUCAUCAGCUGAAUUAAAUAAAGAGAAAUUGUCAAUCACUUUCUGUUGGUUUCGACGUAGCUGUGAGCUAAUAAGUACGGUGAAAUUAUGGAGCGAGACAAAUUUAAAUCGUGUGCCUACAAAGCUCAGAUGAAAAUUCACUAGCAAAUUUGCACGGCCCUUAAUGUCUCAUAGAAGGGUGGCAGUUUGGUCUAGUUGGUAUUCCACAUUCUAAUAAGUAUAAAAGCGCAAACGAAGACGUGCUUGCCUGUGUUUUACAGCGUAAGCUAUUAUGGGCUCAUUCCAAUAGCCGUUUCUGGUCGCGAUGAUGCCGACGCCACUACGUAGCCGCUAUCGCCGGAAAAGCGAAAAAAAGAUCGAGCCCAGGCCCGCUGCGUGGGAGUCGGAUACUUUACUACUGAGCCACGCAAGCGCUUGCUAUCAUGCAGAAGAAAAAUUCCAUUUAUACGCGCCCUGCGCCUCUGCGCCUGCGCGCAUAGGCAGCUGCGAGCCGACGACCCGAGCCUCCGCAGUAUGGUAGCGCCAUCUAGUUAAAGCGCCUGCAACCACCGCGUGCGACGAGAUGCGAUUCAGACGCGAUGCGAUUCAGACGAGGCGCGCCAUCAACGCCAUCCUGAUGUUAGAUGUGCGCCACGUAUUUUCUGGGUACCUCUUGGGUACACGUCAUGGCGUCUCCUCGCAAGGUACGAACCGCUGCUGAGGAAGCGAAUCGUAGAGCUACUUGCGCGGCUACAACCAGGCAUCAUCGGGCUCAGCAGACUGCUGUGCAGAGAGCAUUAGAAGCCGCAGCUCGCCGUCGACUCCGACGCUGGGCGGACAGUUGACAUCGGUCUCGUCAAAAUCGAGGCGAAGACACUUUGCCGCGAAGACCCUGUUGUGCGUGGUGCCGAAAUUGGAGCUACUCUUGCGCCGCUCAACCAGCUUGCGCUGUGACUGUGCUGCGUGUGCCGCGCAGGCCUGUGAUUUUUUUUUUUUUUUUGACGUCCCGUAUUCGUUUGCGCAUUUUUACUUACUACACUUAAUGUAUCCUUUUACUUCCUCCUUGUUAACUUUGCGGGCUCUUGCAGAACGCUGCGUUCACAUUGGUUAUUUACUAAACGAGAUAGGGGUGUGCGAAUAUUCGAAACUUUCGAAUAACAAAUCGAACAGUGUCCUAUUCUAUUGAAUACUGGGGUGUGGAUAUCGUUUUGUACUAAUUGUGAUAACGGCUGCUCAUUACUCGAAAACUAUUCGAUAUUCGAUUCGAUUCGCUUUUGGCACUACUCGAUUUGUAUUCGAUUCGUUCUCAAAAAUCACUAUUCGCACACCCUUAGAGAGGUAUAUUAGCCAUGCUGCACUAUAGCACUGGCGUCCACCGCAAUCCAACGCUGCUGAUAAAUAUCGGCACACCGCGGCUCGGCACGCCAAGUUGUGCGCAGGCGCCUCGAGAUGGCGCCACCGCCUGCGGUGACCUGUGCUCAAACGUUCAUUAGCCAUGCCACCAGAACCGUGGCGUACUUUAUUUAAAAAUAAAAAAAAAAAACACGGCGGCGUAAGCUGUCAAACAUCGGCAGCUCAACCUCGAUCUCCCAUCAUUUUCGGCGACGCACAGUGUAUCCACCAUUAUACGGGUAUCAUAUCGUUAACGUGUUUUUCGUGAACCAUUGUAACUUCAGUGUGAUACGUCGUCCCUUUUACCUCUUGUUGUCCCGAAUUGUUAUUUGUGUGUUCUGCUAUUGAGAAGUCACACAGUCACGCGAAAGAAAACAUAAUUACAUAUUUCCCCCGCUUCGUCUUUUGUGGCACCACUGUGGCCGCGUCUCGUUCGUGUGUUUCUAUUAAAGCAUGCAUCACGUUCUCUG